AUGUCCGUAAAGUCGGCUCUCGUUCUCGGCUACCUGCAUGAUGACCGAGACAUCUCGACCUCUUGCCGUCAUGUGAUAUCCAACCCUAUCGCUAUCGUCCCACCAUCCGACCUGAAUGCAGAGACCUUCAAGGCUACUAGAAUUCAUACAUCUACCGAUAGCGUGAUGUCCGGGUUAGGAAUCCCAGGCUUCGUCGUCGGAUUGAGCGGACGCACAGCAGUUGCAGAGAAGGGUUUCGUAAUCUGGCGGAGCAUCGGCGUUGCUAACGUCUUUGGCCCCAACGUUGUCGAAGAUGUCGCGAAGCUUAGCAUGGAGUACUAUCGCUUUGAGGCCUGGACAAACGCUGUCAGCUUCCUUCUUACUGCGCAAAAGCGAUCGCAGUCGAAGCCCACUGCUCUUGGAAUGCUGUCCCCUUUCCUCGAGCCAGCAGCCCCAACAACCAAUAUACACGACGCCCUGCUAAGGCAACACUAUGUCAUGUUUCGCGAAACCCAUAUUUACUCUGUCGUGAAGUUCUGCGAGUAUCGACAGGAAGUCUUCGAAAAAAAUGAGGAUGAAUUGCUACCAUAA